UCUAAAAGUUGAUUUAUGUCUGGUUUCAGAAUCAUGGACAUUCAAGCACAAUGUGGGGUUGGGGAUCGAGUGUUGGUUGUCUGGAGCGAUUUGGGAGCAAAUCCUCAAUCCCUUCAAGAAGUUGUAGAACGGAUUAAGAGUAAAGUAGGUGAGCAGGGAAAUGUCUCGGUGGAGAACUCGAACCGACUGACAAUAGGAGAUCAUGCUAAAGCUUCUUUUACUAAGGUGUUUUCUGGUUGUGUCGGGUUACCUUCUCUGCAUCAUGACGAGGAUAUUCUUGCUUAUAUCCUCAAGGUUCUAACUCCCAAGGGACAGCUAUAUAUAGUUGAAAGUAUAGAAGACAGCUUUAAGAACACUGUUCGAUCCGGUCUUCUUCUCUCAGGGUAUACAGAUAUACAGGAACCUGUUAAUCUUAGCUCAGAUACUGGGGAAGGUCAAGUCUAUAUGUGGCGUGGAAGUAAGCCUGAGUUUGAGAUUGGAGCCUCCAAACCUCUCUCCUUCGCCAAAAAACCAGCUCAGACAAAAAAGGUUGAUACCUGGACCCUUGAUGAUCUCGAGGAUGACACUGUCGAGCUCAUCGACGAGAACACAUUGCUCGAGGAGCAGGACCUCGUCAAACCUGAUCCUAGUUCAUUGAAGGUAUGUGGAACUACUGGUAAGAGGAAGGCCUGUAAGGAUUGCUCCUGUGGACUCAAAGAGGAACUAGAGGAUGGGAAAGAGGUUAAAACUAAGUCUGUGAACUCCUCUUGUGGUUCUUGUUAUCUUGGAGAUGCAUUUAGGUGUGCUUCUUGUCCGUACUUGGGUAUGCCAGCAUUCAAACCUGGAGAAAAAAUACAGUUAUCAGAUAGACAACUGAACCCAGAUCUGAGAUAAAUUUCAGACAGCUGACAGUUGAUAUUUUAUCAGACGAGUUGAGAUCCCAAAUAUACUGAUCACAGAUUAUACAA